AUGGUCCUCACCUUAGCAGAGUAUGAUGUCCAAGUGAGGUAUUCUGAUGAAUAUGAGUGUUUCUGUCCCCAAUCUCAUGCCAAAUAUUAUGACCACCUCAAGACAAUUCCUAAGAUCCAAAGACGCAUCCUGCACAUUCAAAACCUUAUUCAGCUCAAUCUCGAGCACAAUAAUCGUGAGAAAGUAUCUUCUGCUUUGCCAAAUACCAUUCAAUUGGGUAAGACACCAUUUGAUAGUACACGAAAGCAUACAAAACUUACAAUGCUGGAUUUGUGCAGCAACAAACUAACAGAUGCAGGAAAUAUCUUAUCUGACAUGUAGAGUAAUAAACUCACAUCGAUGCCAGCAGACUUUCCAGAAUCUAUUUUGCAGAUUAUGCUGAACAACCACAACUCAAUCACCUCCAUACCCGAGGACUACUAUUAGAGGACACCAAAUCUCUUGUCGCUUCAACUAUUUAUGUUGACAUUAAACAACUCAACAGAAGCAAAUACUCCUUUGCUCCUGAUGGCUUUUAUUGCAUCUGCAGAUUUGAAUGUUUCUUUGACGUGGCCAUCAUUGGACCUCGGCAGCCCUGACAUGCUAACUUGUAUCCGUCUAAACAGCAAUAAUCUGAAAAGACUACCGGACUAA